AUGCAUAAAUUGCAGAUUCGAAAUUAUUCGGAAAGCGCCUCUCUGGAGAAACAACCACCGCCGAUUUCAAGGUUUGAAGCUACAAAGCACUAUAUAAAGCAGGUACAUAUUGAGGGCUCAGAUGAAGCAAAUACGGUUUUAGGAUAUUUAAGGAGAGCAGGUGCUCUCUCGGUUUUGGUGAUGUUUGCUUCUAUUGGCUAUGCUGUUUAUGUGGAAAAGAGCAACAAACCUAAGGAGAUAGAGGAGAUAGAAAUCGAGGAGUACAUGCCCAAGCUAGGUGAGGAUGUGCGACCAAUUAUUAGAUCAACUGUUGCUCGUCAAACAAGAGCAAGAAUUGCGAGAUGUUACUCGUCCAAUGCAUCUACCCAAUCAACCAAGACAUUCCUCAACUCCAGAUUGAUAGUUGGGGGGUCGAUUGUUGGUUCCAUUGCCAUCGCAUAUGGUUACUUGGCCAGUAAUCAAUCAUUCUCCAUACAGAAUGAAACGGCUAGAAAUAUUAGAGAUAAUUUCACCAACGGUGAUGCUAUGGCUGAUCAACAGCAAAAAAAGCUUAAAGAUCAACAGCAAAAAUUGAAAAACAACAAGACCGACAAGGAAAUUGAGGAUGCUGAAAAGUCAAAGAAAGAAAAUGUACAGGAAGCAAGCGGCACCGAUACUAAGAAUAUUUCCAGUGAUUCCGAAAUAAGGGACGCAAAGUCUAAUGAAUCAGUUGAAAAAUCUAGUAAACACAGUGGUGGCAUUUAUAAGAGAAAUGAAGAGAGUGCUAGCAAUAAAGAAACUCUCACUUCAAUUGAACAAAGUGAAAAACAUGGUGAAGGUGAAGGUGAAGGUGAAAAAAAAGAAGAAGGUGAAGGUGAAGGAGAAGGCGAAGGAGAGAAAGAAGGUGAUAAGGAUGCCUCAACCGGUGAGGAAAAGCAGGAGGCUGCUUACAAUCCUGAAACGGGAGAAAUUAAUUGGGACUGUCCAUGUUUAGGAGGUAUGGCCCAUGGACCAUGCGGUGAAGAGUUUAAAGAGGCAUUUUCAUGUUUUGUAUUUUCUGAAACUGAACCCAAAGGUAUCGAUUGUAUAAAGAAAUUUGAAAACAUGAGAUCAUGUUUUAAGCAACAUCCUGAUCAUUACAAAGAAGAAUUAUACUAUGAUGAUGAUGAUAAAGAGCUAGACACUGAAGGAGUAGAGCAUGCUACUUUGGAAUCAGCUGAACCAGCAGUGCAAGAAAUUGAAACUGGUAUUGAAGAGGGAAAACUCAAACCAAAAGAGAAGUAA